AAGUUGCCGCUCCCCCAGACACCCGCUUGCAGCAGCGUCGGCCCCCCUCCCCGCACACUUUCCCCGGAGCUGAUUGGAGCCGGGUGGCUUGGGUCGCGGGAUAAAAAGCCCCGGAGAGCCUCUCCCGUCCAUCUAGCCGGCCGAGGGGGUACUCGUCGCAGCGGCGGCAUGACGGGCCGCGAGGAGAUCGCGGAGGGCAAAGCCAAGGGGCAAGCGUUGGCGUCCAGCGCCGGCAGCAACGAGAAGGCGCACCUGGGCAACCCGGCCGGCGGCAGCCGCUCCAAGGGCUUCGCCAUCACCGACCUGCUGGGCUUGGAGGCGGAGCUGCAGCCGCCGGCCGCCUCUUCCGUGACCGGCUCGGGUUGCGAAGGCGCCGGCGGGGCAGCAGCGCCGGCGGGGCUGGGAGGAGGGGAAGGCGGCGGCGGCGCCCCCUUGCCGAUGGGCUUGGGCUUCCUGUGCGCCUUCGCCACGCCGACGCAGCCCGCCGGGGCGCGUUGCCUCCUGCCGGCGCACAUCCCUUUCCUGCCGCCCCGGCCGGAGCAGCCCCAUCACCGCCAUCCGCAUUACCACCACCCCUACGGGCCGGGGCCCGAGAAACGCAAGGAGAACGUCUCCGAUGAAGAUAGUUUGUCAGGGGACAAAAUCAACCUGAAGACCUCUGACUCUCCAAUCAAGAGAAAGAAGCGGCGGCAUAGGACUGUGUUUAGUGCCCAUCAACUGGAGGACUUGGAAAAGGCUUUCAAUGAAGCACAUUAUCCUGAUGUUUAUGCCAGAGAAAUGUUAGCCAUGAAAACGGACCUCCCUGAGGAUAGGAUACAGGUUUGGUUUCAAAACCGAAGAGCCAAAUGGCGGAAGCGUGAGAAGUGUUGGGGCCGCAGCAGUGUGAUGGCAGAAUAUGGCCUCUAUGGUGCUAUGGUGAGACACUCCAUCCCACUACCUGAAUCAAUAAUCAACUCUGCCAAAAGUGGGCUUGUGGGCUCCUGUGCCCCUUGGCUGCUUGGAAUGCAUAAAAAAUCAGUGGAUGUCACAACAAAGCCCAAACGUGAGGAAAAGGAGAAUGGUGACUGGAAAUCUGAACGCCCUGAGGAGGAAUUAAAAAUUAAGCAGGUAGAGCAGCAGAGAAGCUCCACUGAAAAAUUAAGUUCAAUGGACAAUUCUGAAGAGAUUGCAAUGGAUCUCUCGAGCACAGCAAAGCAUGAGAGAAAGAACAGCACUUUGAGACAGUGUCUCAAUGGAGGCCCAAGCCAAAAAUGAAGGACAGCGAGCACUAAGUAUGGGGAAGAGGAGAAAUGUGACACAAAAGACAAAAAUAAAUAAAUAAACCUCUUCAAUGCUUUGGGGAAA